CUAACAUAUUUUUAAUUCCAACUUUUAUUUAGACAUAAUCUUAAUUGCUUGAGUUACUAUGACAAUCUCACUGCCUGCUUUACGAUUAAUUAACAAAUCUGCCGACCGAGGUGCAUUUUCUGUCAUUCCGAAUAUGCUGUGUUGUGUGGCCACUAACACACGUACUAACAUCGUAACAUAACAGCAUGUUAUUCUGAUUGUAGUACACUACACCACGAAGCCGAUCUUAAUCGUUCAAACAUGGGAUGCCAAAGCUCCAAAAUGGUUAUCACGGACGGCCAGACGAAUUCGACCGCAAAAAAAAUGUCGAAAAGCAACAAAAAAAUUGUCCAAGAGAUGUGGUUCGAACUGAAACCAGACCUAAAGAACUUUGGAGUAUCAAUCUUCAUAAGACUGUUCGAGGAGGCUCCAGAAGCACAGGAUUUAUUUUACAAUUUCAGAGAUUUAAAAAACCAAGAUGAACUUAUUCAAAGUUUAAAGGAACUCGACCACGUCGCGAGGGUGAUGAACGCGUUUGGGAAUUGUAUUGAAUUAUUAGAAGACAUGGAACAGUUCUCAAACACUGUCCAGGGACUGGGAAGAACUCACAUUAAAAUUGGAAUUAAUGAAAGUCAUAUAAAUCUUUUCGGCAAAGUAGUGAUGGAUUUACUAGUUGAUUACUGUCACGUUUCCUGGACAGUGCAAAAAGAAAAUGCGUGGAAAAAUUUUUUCGGUUUAUUAUCUGAAAACUUUGCGAUUGGGUUGAACGACACUGAAAAUAUUAACUUGCAUAACGGCAGUGACAAUAAUAACCACGCCUCAAGCUAGAACUGCCUAAAUCAUCCCCAUGUGUGU